AUGAUAAUCUGGUCCCUUGGAUUGAGCUUUUUCGGUAUCCUCUUCGCUGCCCUUUUGAAAGAUCGCCUGAUUUUUCCGACUGUUUGGCCUUGGCCCGGUGCAACGGCAUCUGCAAAUGUGAUCAAUGCACUGUAUACUAAAGAGAAUACUGUGUUGGAAGUUCCAAUCACGCCGGAUACUGAACCGAGAGUCACGACUGGCUUGUUAUCAGACUCGACUCCUCGUGAAGAGUACGAAGAGGCCGGGCCUGAACCUGAAAAGCUACCAAGAGAUUUGAGUCUCAUUCUAACAUCUGCGGCUUGGUCGGCUCUGUUCACAGUGUUCAUGUUUUUCGUUCCAAUAACGAAAGAUAUACCUCUGUUUGGCCGCCAAGCGGCUCGAAAGUGGCUAUGGACAUUUAGUUUGUCGCCUGGCUUUUUUGGAUCGGGAAUGAUCAUGGGACCAGAGAUCGUAUUGCAUAUGCUGAUGGGUGCAGUCAUUGGCUGGGGUAUAUUGUCCCCCUAUGUCAAAUUCAAAGGCUGGGCCCCAGGGGAUGUUAGCGAUUGGGAGACUGGAAGCCGUGGCUGGUUGAUCUGGAUCAGUUUGGCUUGCUUGAUGGCCGACACUCUCGUCAAAAUGAUCUGGAUUUAUUUCAAAGUCAUAUGGGAGAAAUUCGGGCAUCUAUGUCCUUGGACCUGGGAUGAUGGACUCGCUCUCUUCCGGCGCCAAAGGAUUAUGCUGCCUGACCAACCGCAUGAAUAUGCCCCGGCGACAACAAACCACGAUGUCGAUGGUGAAGAUGCAGCUGAGGAUGUUGCUGACGAACUCUCAUGUCCUACUUCUCUAGCAUCACUCGAUGGAAGACGCAAGAGCUCAUAUGGUGGUUACGUCUUGUCGGCGGGCUUCAUUGCUUCUAUCCUGGCCUGCGUCCUUGCCACACAUCUAGUCUUUGGCAACAAAAUGCCUUGGUAUUACACAGUUGUCUCAAUAAUGCUGGCCCUGCCAGUAGCAAUGACUGGCAUUCGUGGAUUGGCAGAAUCUGACUUCAAUGCAGGCAGUGGCUUAGCGGCCCAAUUGUUUUUGGCCGCCAUAACUCCCCGAUCAAACCCGAACAGCGUGAUGAUUAACAUUCUAUCUGCUGCGAUCGCGAACGGAGGAGCCAAUCAAUCCGGCGAUCUUGCAUUUGACCUCAAGAUAGGGCAACUGGUUGGUGCGCCUCCAGAAGUUCAGACUUACGGUCAGAUAAUCGGAUCAGUUUUCGGCGCCCUUGUGUCUUGUCUGACGUACAGACUGUUUACGAAUCAGUUUCCAGUUCCAGGGGACUUCAUUCAGGUACCAAACUCCUUCCUUCAAGUCAGUACUGCGAAAAUGGUCUUGAACAAAGGACUUCCCCCCGGCGCAGGCGGCUACGCAUUGGGCUUUGGAAUUUUCUUUGCUAUUGCUACAGUGAUAAAAAUGAGGUUUCAGGACAAGUGGUGGCAGGUUUAUGUUCCCAGUGGGGCUUCCUUUGCCAUCGGGAUUUUUACGACUCCUGUUUUCACUCUAUCACGAACUCUAGGAGGGUUAUUCAUGUGGGCCUGUCUCCGUCGUGUACCUUCCAAACGCCUGCUUCUUAUCGUUGUAGCCAGUGGCAUGUUGCUAGGAGAGUCUCUCGGCAGUUUGGGAGAGCUUCUUUUGUUCUCAGUGAAUGCUCCUCAUACUUGA